AUGCUCGCGAUCACCAUCACUAUGGCUGAAGAUCUGGCUCAGCUGCCGGAUUUAGUGGAGGAGCGACGCGUCGACAUUAUAGUCAACUUGCUCCCGGGACUAGCCAGAAUGGCUGUAGCGCCCGGUUCUCGAGCCGAAACGCAGGCCGUCUGCGUCAAGAUUAUUGCCGAUAUGACUAGUGUCUGGCUGGGCCAAAUGACCUGUUCACAGUCAUCGAGUCUGAGUUUAACCGAGCUUGGCGGCUCCGACUUGGGCCUUGACUGUUCGCAGCCUUCGCAGGUGGACGCUACUGCAGAGGUCCCCUCUUCGCCAUCCAGUAAGUCGGCCAAGGUGGCUGGGUGCGGCGGCUUCUUCAACCGCUCCUCAACAUCCGGUACCGGAACUGGGCCUACGCGGCAGUCGGGCCAUAGACGAGCAAAAAGGAAGCCUGGUCCGCCUGGCUCCACGGAGGCCCGGCUCCUAUUGGCCGAGCAGGGCCGGCCGCGACGGUUUGUGAUCGGCGCCGAUGGGCCUACCAUCCAACCUCCAGGACCCGAGGUGCUUGUUUCGUUGGUUGAGUUGGUCAAUAAACUCCUCAUACCCUAUGUAAGUCCUACAAGCCACUUUAGGCUCUGGUAA